AUGAAGCCGCAGUUGGGGAAUUCACAUCCUCCUCAGGGAGGUAUGUGUUCAAAUUCCUAUACUGGUGAAUAUGGCAAUGUGGAGUAUUCCCAACGGAUUAUGUUUCCGCCAACCUACUUUAAUGCGGAAACUCCACAACCCGAUGUAACUAGGAAACCUGCUUGUGUUUCGAAUUGUGUGCCGGCUACUUCUCGUGAGCAGCGCUAUUCUGAAGUACCUGAUGCUGCAAAAUCAUUGCACCACCGGUCUGAAUCUAUUCCACAGUACCAACUCGCGUCUAUGUGUCCUCCAACAAAUAAUAUGUCACCAUUCAGCCAUUCAAAGCGGUAUGCCAUGUUUCCGCCUACCGCGUAUUCUCAUAAGCUCGUUCGGCCUACAGCGGUCCGACCGAGUGUGAAGUCUUCGGUAGAGGAGUUGGUAAUUCAGCAACUCCAAAGAAACGAGAUGGAUGGCAUUCUAGUCGAAGCUCAUCCUCCUCCUGCGAGAGCCCCCAAUAACUAUGCCGCUUGCCUCAUUCCCCCUUAUUCUGUUUGGAGCGUGGACGAUGUCGACCUCAUCUUAUUCGCCAUGUACCGUGUUCUUCUGCAGUCGCGUCCAGACGCACCGAACGACAUGGUGAUCCAGAUCCCUUUAACCUGCAGCACCCUGCUCCCCUCUCUGCUCCAGCAUUUCAUUCCCAGUUUGCUCCAAGACGGAAACGCAGUCAAACAAGCAAUGAAACAACUCGUUUACUCACGGCAACAAGUCGAUCUCGACGCCACACCGUUUCUUCUCCCCGAAGUGAUUCGCACUUGUACCCUUCUCGCGGCAGUCCGCUCACCCCCAGUGCAAGGAGGCAACGAAUUCGACCGCGGCCGCUUGCUCUACGUUUUAAUCCGCGAGCUGGACACGCCGAACCUCAAGAAAGAAUUCUACUUGAAGGUCUUUCUGCGCUGUCUGUUCUUCGUGUUCGGCGACGCGCGCGAAGCCUUCGCCCGCGCUUUUUCCCUUUUCUUCGAGGAGCAGGUCGAGCGUUGCCGCGCCUUCGAGCAGUCCUGUCGCAUCGGCGAGCUCUCGCAGCUCGUCAUCCUCGCGCGCAGCUCCCCGUCCGCCGAAUCGGCGAGCGCCGACCGCGCGGGGAGCCGCGUCUUCGCGUACCACCGACAGCUCGACUUUUUCCUGGAGUUCUGUGCGCGGAACUUCAUCCGUCCCUUCCCUCCACGCCUCUUCCACUCGAUUCUCCGCCUCUUCCGCACGUCCAUCAUCCUCUCCUCGUUCAACUCCGUCUCCAAGUUCCUCUACACCGUGGUGCUGACGCAGCCCGAGCUCGCAGCCACCGUCGCGCGUUUCUUCGUUCGAUCCUGGCCAUGGACGGACUCCUCGCGCGAGGUCUUGUAUCUCCGGCAAGUCGAAUGCACGUUUCUCGUCGUUCCGGAGAACCAGCAGCUCAAGUUCUUCGCGCUGCUGUUUCCGAGGAUUCGCGCGGCGCUGCAGUCGCCGAAUCGCUUCGUCUCGCUGCAGUGUAUUCAGUUUUUGAGCCGGGUGGAGCAGAGCCAUCUGUAUAUUUUGUCGAAUAAAAUGAUCCAGCAAUUGACCGAGGUUUUACAGUCGCUGCAGGCGCAUUGGUGUGAGACGAUAAGGCAGACGGCGAACUCGUGUAUGAAGUCCUUGCUCUUAAAAGCGGAGCUACGAUCAUCUUCUUCUUCGGGAGAGUUCCGAAGUCGCUGUGAAGCGUUCACAAAUUAAAUGGAAGGAGUUUAUAGGUGUCUUCUCCCUU